AUGCUCGCGGCCCACCGAGAUCAGGAAAACCUGGUGCAUGGCCACCAUCACGCCCCGUCCAAACAACAGCCGAAGACUCCCGGUGCCAGAUAUCCGAAAACGCCUGGAAACUUUGGUCGAAAUGACGAGAACGCUCCGAGUAUCUUUGCAGGGAAAAAUGCUGCAGAUACCGGAGUCAGGAUGGCCGGAAAUGGCAAAUCGGUGCUGGGCAAACCGACGGGCCAGCGGCAGGCACUAGUUACUCCCCUGGAGAACAGAAAUCGCGCGCCUCUGGGCAACAAGACUACAAAUGCCAAGGCGAGGCCGGGUCACACAGUUGCCGUCAAAGACAGGGUUCGGGAAAUCGAGAAUACCCAAAUCAGGCAAACCAGCAUGCAAAAGCCGAAACAAAGGCCCGUGGAUCUUCAGCCUCAGAAGCUGACAAUGCAGCCUGAUGAUAUGACCGGCACAGCUGGUGCGCCUGAGCCUGAAUAUGCUCCGCCAAGACCAACGCCGCUGCCCUAUGAGUCUGACGUUUUACCGGCAGCGGGAUUGACAUUCAACGGUCUCAAAAGGUCAAACAUCCUCAAGGGGUAUUACCAGCACUUCCACAAUCCUCUAGACGAAAACGGAGUCUCACGAAUAGAAAAAAAAUUCAACGACGAGAUGAAGGCAUUAUUCAAAAAGGCCGAGGAUUGCAAUGCGGAAGAUAUUGCUGCCAUCAACUGGAGCCCGGAGGAUAUUUCGGAGGCCACAGAAUCCGAUCUUGGUCAAGGCCACAUCAGGAACAAAGUAGAGGCUUGCUCGGCAGCAAACUCUGCCCUGUCAGUCACCCAGAAGCAACCUUCCACUUUAUCCGCCCGACGAGCAGCUUCAGCCCUCGCUGUUCGUGCAGAAUCACAGAGCCGCAGCCUCUCAAGGUCAUUUGCAGCGAAACCUAUGGCGAGGCGGCCGCUCUCGUCAGCCUUUUCAGCAUCACAGGUUGCCAAGCCGACUGGAACAAAGUCUCCAUCAGUAGGCAACUCCAUUGGCGAGACGGCAUCACGAACUACCCUGGGGUAUAACAAAGGACGCUCGGCUUCGUCUAUGAUGCAUUCGCGAAGUGCAAGUCAAUCUAAUGCACAUCAGAAUCACACUACAAGACACGCGGUCUCACUCGAUGUUGAGCCUGAGUUGACCAUUACGCCAGCCCGUCUGCGCCAAGCGGCUGCAUCCAACACGCAAGCCGCGAGGCCCAAAUUCAUGUCCAUUUUCGACGAUGCCGACGACGACGAUCUCUUGCCGUUGCAGAAGCAAUUCCUCCCUUCUGAUGAUGAAGAUGAUGAGUUUGAACUGAAGCUGACGCUCUGA